AUGCAGGUGUGGUCCAAUCCACAAGCGGUUCAGGACUACAAAGACCUUCUGGACGGCAACGCUCCGGAGGACACCAUCGACCAGCCCUCCGUGAUCAUUGGCCGGGGAAAGCUGGGCACGGCGCUGGCGAGCAUGGGCAUGGGGGAAGACGUGGUCCUCGGCAGGGGGGAGGCCAUACCCGACUCGCUGCCGUGCUCAUCGGGGAAAGGCGAGGACGGGGAACCCGCGAUGCUGCAGAACUUCCCGAUCUACGUGUGCGUGCCGGAGGAAGAGGUUGCGGCGGUGAUCGACUCGUGCCCCGAUGACAAGAAAGAUGACCUUGUCUUCAUGUCUUCCGGCUGCCUGGAGCCCCUGCUCAAGUCGAGAGGGAUGUGCCGAGGGGAGCAGACCCAGGCGACACUCUACUUCUCGGUAGACAAGGUAGGGGGGAGGGCGGUGGACGCGAUGACAGUCAUCGGCACCGACGGACGUGGGGAGCCCAAGCUAGCCGGCGAGACCGCGGUGUGCGGAAAGUGGAAGGGGGCUUUCGCCAUGCGGCUGCAGCAAUCGCCGUUCGGCCUGCACUGCUCCACUGAGUACUACCUGGAGUGGAGACGGGUCAUGUUCGAGAAGCUCAUCUUCGACUGCGCUGUGAACUUGGUUGGGGCGCUCCACAAGUUUCCGACCGUGGGCUACGUGGUCCAGUACCACGCGGAAGAGUUGGUGGACAUGCUGUUCGAGCUCAAGAACACGCUUCGCAGCACCCUGGCAGUGUCGCUGAUGAACGGGUACCCUGAGCGGCUGAUCGCGUACGGUGAUCAAGUGGGAGACAGGCAGACUACGCGCAUGGACGCGAGAACGUUCAAGUGGUACAAUGAAUUCUUCUACGACAUUUCCAACACGGCGCUCAAGGCUAAGUUCGGCGACCCCUGCCCCAUGCACACGGAGUACCUCAACUACGGCAAGGACAAGGGUAUUUUCACAUUCUAGACCCGUAAGGCUGCCGAAAAUUCCCUUGCUGGUGUUGGUUAUGGUGACGAGUUUGGGAGGAAGAGUCCGAAAUUGAGGGUUGUGCCGUGCUUGGGCAUUCUGAAGCUUAUAGCUGGGUUGAUGUUUUACAUCCUUGACUCUGUUAAACGUCCAGGACAGGUACAUCGGUAUUUCUGUAUUGCUAUCGCAAGAAACAUGAGUGAGGAUUUGCGUUGCUAGACUGCGCGCUUCCUCGAAGCGUAUGUUUCACGACCACGUUCGCAGAAAAAUAUCUUUGCAGUGGGUCUCCGGGGAUCUUCGUUUGAAUAAAGCGUUGGCGAGAGUUGUUCUGUGAGGUGGAGCUUCGAGUGUAUUUG